CUGUCCUGAAAGCUGCGCUGACAGCUCGCGCGGCUCUGGAACGGCUCCUGAACGUCGGGUGUUUUCAGGGCAAACGUGCGCAGCCCUCGCGCACUGUUACCUGCGCUAAAGAGCGGUGAAGGUGGACUCUCCGCAGCGCGCGGACCUCCAGCCUUCACGCACAGAAAGGAGCUCUUUGUGGCUCUUUCCGUUCGUGGUUGGUGCAGGAUUAAAACAGAGAGAAAGAACACUUGUGAGGAAGACUUCUACAAAAAUGCUGAUUCAUCAGUGGUGGUUGCUGGGCGGUCGGUAGGUCGCAGCAGUCUGUCAAGGCUAACAUGGAACGAGAGGGCUCAUUUAGGAGGACUCUCCACAGCAAGCUGAGGUUGGGUAGCAACUCGUCCUCCAGUCUGACCGACCUCUCGCAGGCGAAAACCCCAGGAGGAGGAGGAGCAGGAGCAGGAGGAGCAGGAGGAGCAGGAGGAGGAGGAGGAGGAGGAGGAGGAGGAGCAGGAGCAGGAGCAGGGGGGGAUAGAGGAGGGACAACUGGAGGACUGGCUGAGGAGUGCAGCAGGGACAGGGGGACCCAGCAGAGAAGGGCCGGGACCAACGCCACUUGGAACAGCAUCCACAACGCAGUGAUAUCGGUUUUCCAGAGGAAGGAUCUGGGGGAAAAUGAACUCUACACUCUGAAUGAAAGUGUCAGGCAGCUGCUGAAGACGGAGCUGGGCUCCUUCUUCACUGAGUACCUUCAGAACCAGCUGCUCACUAAAGGCAUGGUGAUCCUGAGAGACAAGAUCCACUUCUAUGAAGGUCAGAAGUUGCUCGACACUCUGGCCGACACAUGGGACUUCUUUUUCUGUGAUGUUCUGUCCAUGCUGCAGGCCAUCUUCUAUCCUGUACAGGGAAAGGAGCCAUCAGUGCGUCAGUUGGCUCUCCUCCACUUCAGGAACAUCAUCACCCUCAACCUGAAACUGGACGAGGCUCUGUGUCGACCCCGAGCCAGAGUUCCCCCUUCUAUCAUACAGAUGCUGCUAAUACUACAGGGAGUCCAUGAAUCUAAAGGUGUAACAGACGUCUACCUUCGUUUGGAGUCUCUCAUCCAGAAGGUGGUCUCUCCCUACCUCGGCACUCAUGGGUUAUAUUCCAGAGAUGGAUCUUCCCAUUUGCACUGCUCCUCCUGCCUUUUAGAAAAGCGUUUGCAGCGCUCCUGGCCCUCCAAACCAGGAAACUCCCCCAUCGCCAAGAACCCGGUGGUCCGCUCUAAGAGCUACAACGUUCCCAUGCUGACCCCUGUGGUGGAGUAUGACACCGACUCGUCCUCGGGAGGUGGAGCAGGUAUCAGGCGGCACUCCGUCUCGGAGAUGACUUCCUGCUUGGAGGAGAGCAGCUCUUUAGCUGAAUCCAUAGUAACUGCCACAAACCACACCAGCAACACCAGCAACACCAGCCUCGCCAACCACUCUCCAGCUUCCACGCUCUCCGCUGCACUUUCAGACACUGUGACGUCCAGCCAGGACCCCCUCCCCAGAGACGCUGACAGUCCUGCAGGUCCCCACCCUCUCCAGCCACAGGAGCCCUCCCCAGGCGAGGACACACACUGCACCGGCUCGCUGGUGUCAGACUCCUCCUCAUCCUCCAGAGCGCUGGCUCAAGACACGAGCUCCGGUCCCAGUCCUUCGUCCAGUCUGGAGAUCAUGAUGGACCACGUCCCGGAGUCUUUGGACUCGGAGACGGAGCACGACGGCAUCUUUCUGGACUUCUCGCGCUGUUGCUCUGGAGGGUCGAACGCACAGCAGAUACACACUGAUGAAGAGACGUGUGCAAACAUUCCUGACACCCAGUGACACUUGGUGCUGUUUUAUGGAGACUCAUUAGGGAUCUAACCUAAAUUAUUUUUUUAGAAGAUGUGGUCACCCAUCGCUAGAAACAAGUCCAACCUCAUGAUGACUGGUGACAAUAUGAAUGUAUGUGUGUGUGUGUGUGUGUGCUCCCAGCUGGAAACAUGUACACUGGCUUCUUUAAGAUGAAAGAUCUUUGCCCAGUUUUUUCUUUUAAAUGAUAGCGAUGACAUCACAUUCCAGGGGCGGGUGCACAUGCUGAAGAAAUGCUUUAUCUUUUGUCAAAUAUCUCUGCAAGAGGAGGGCUUUUGAAUAACUUUGACUGUCAAAUGUAAACUUUUUAAUACUUUGAAUGUAAAAGAAAACUAUCCAACUCUGUUGGUUGAAACUCAACUUAUUUUAUUAAUGGAUGAUAAAAAAAUAUGAAUUUGAAUUUUAACUCUGUCUCGCACUAUAUUCACACCUAAACCUGAAUCUCUGGUAUAUUGAGAGAGAUUUACAUUCAAGCAUUCAAGAGAAGAAGG